GGGGGAGGAGGAGGAGGAGGAGGAGGGAGAAGUGGGAACAGGAAGGGGAGUUUUCAGCAGAAUCAGAGUGACCUGCCCGACCUAGGGCUCGGUAUGGCAGCCACUCCAGCCAAAUCUCUUGACUGGAAGAGAGCUAACUCCAAACGACGGAGCUUCAACCUGUGAGUUCUCUUCGAUUUUCAAACGGUUUCCGCGACGAAUUUGGGACACCUUGUGGUUUAUAAAGGUGCAAACGGCGUAGCCAUGUGCAGGAAGCCGCAGUUGUGAGUCGUAUUUUGACUCGAGGGCUAGUUUGCAGGUUCUGGCUCUGUGACAAGCUGAAUGGGAUAAGACAGUACCUAAGUCAGGUUUAGCCUGUGUUGAAUGGGCUGUGUCGACUGUGGAAUGUUGAUGGGACCCUAUAUAGCUAAGCAGGGGCAGGCUCCUACACGUCUUAGCUCAAGUGGUGCAUUAUUCCAGUGUACUGUGUGAACAAAAGGCCAAGUAGCUAGCUCGACUGUCGUGGUUUGCUGGGUCAGUUUUGAAGAGCGCAUCCAGGGAAUAUGCUAUCGCACACUCCGCCAGUCAUCAUCCAUCCGCAGUACAGCUGCGACGAUGCAGGUGUGGACCACGGGAGAAAGCCCAAGAGAGAGAGACGUCUCCGUCACACGUCCCCGAGCCCCACGCGCUCCCGGUUCCUGCGUAUCGUACGACACCACGGCCACGGUGAUGAUCACGAUCACGACAACGUCGACGACCACGAAGACGCAACGAAUGGGAAACACGCGACGCACCACCACCAUCACGGCUUGAUGCGGUUCCUGGACGUCGUCCGACGCCACGGUCACGAUCACGACGACGCAACGGAGAACGGGAAACGCCCGCCUCAUCACAACGGGCACGUAGUGAAGCGCUCUCUUAGUUACCACGACAUAGAGCAGGCAGCAGCAUCGGCAGCGUGGUUAGGUUCUGGGCCAGGAGUAAGCGGCAAAGACGCGCACGAGAGAGACGCAGCGGACAUGAGCACGGCCGCAGCUGUCUCUAGUAACGGACCAGUCGGCGGUCCCUCCACGCACCAUCUGUCCGUGGAGGAAGACCACACGCGACAGAGAAGGUCCAGCGGCGGAUCGCAUCACCACCUGUUCUCGCUCGGCCUCAGGUUCGGUGGCAAGGGGAAAGCGGAGAAGAAGAAGAAGGACAAGAAAGGCGCGGGAGAUCUUCCUUCUCCGGGAGUGCAGGAUCCGUCAUUCGGAGACCCUGACCUGACGCUCUACAGCGUGCCUCCGGAGACGCUGAGAGAAUGGAGAAAGUCGCUGGACGUAGUUUUGCAGCACCCAGAUGGCAGAGUCCUGUUCCAUCGUCACCUUGCCCUGGAGCACAGCCUGGAGAACAUGCAGUUCUGCAAGGCAGUGGACCACUUCAAAACUCUGCCAGACAACAAGCUGGAGAAGGAGGCUCGGGCCAUAGCUGCGGAAUAUGUGGGAGAAGGCACUCCGAAAGCGCUGAACAUAGAUUCAUCGGUGGCAAAGAAGGUCGAAGCCCAGCUGAAGAUCUCCUCACAAGGAGAUGUUUGACGAGGCUCGUCAGACGGCGUACGAACUGAUGGCACAGGACUCCUUCCGUCGAUUCAAGACCUCUCCGGACUUUGUGAAGGCCUCCCAGAGAGACCAAACUCCGCCCACUUCAUGACCUCUUAUUUGACCUCUCUCACACACUGUACAUGAGCUCACAUGUGACAUUGAGUCACCAUAUUCUCUCUUCCUCUGUUUGAUUAUAAUUAUGUGGAGCACCCCCUUCAUUAGUGUCCUCUUGGUUCAUUCCCAUACCGUCAAACUCUCAUACCACACACACACACAAGGAAAAUUCACCUCUCCUCUUUCUUCUUUUUGUGAUGAUGAAAUCCUUUUUACAAUUUUUAUUAUGAUAUUAUAAUAACAUAAAUAUUAUUGAUCUCAGGUUGAACACAAAACAUCAGUAACCAUGAUGAUAUGCGAAAAAUUUAAUUGCAAAAGCGCUGGUACAUAAGACGGUGAUGUCACAAACUUCGAAAUCACUCGAGAGUUUUGGUGAACUCGACAGCGGUGCUGAACUGGACCCACCAGUAAUUUUCCUCGCCGACUAGCCGGUCCUCGAGGAAGUUCUUGAUGAACUGAGUGGUCGAGAGGAGUGCGGGAGGGUUGGCCAUGAUAAUGAUGUAGACCAGGACGGGGAACAGGUCGUCGGCUCCGGGAGGGCUCCCGACUUUGGCGUACUGGAGGAGACUGAUGAGGACUCGACAACUCUCCGCUAUACAGCGCACCUUCCCUCUCGGUGACUUGAAUACAGACAUUGCCUUGAGGUGCUUCUGUGCUGACAUCCAAGGACACCCGCUGUGGUAAAUCUGC